AUGUCGGAUCCCUUCAGCAUAAACGGCGGAGCCGUCGUCGCGAUGGUCGGCAAGGACUGUGUCGUGAUCGGUUGCGAUCUCCGCCUCGGAAUGCAGGCCCUCACCGUCUCAAAUAACUUCCCCAAGAUCUUUUCAUACGGCGACGCAUACCUAGGGCUGACAGGCCUCGGCACCGACGUGACGACAAUGUCCGAGCUCAUGCGCUACAAAGUGAACCUGUACCGCCUGCGCGAGGAGCGCUCAAUCGAGCCCGAGACGAUGGCGAACCUCGUCUCAUCAACGCUAUACGAGCACCGGUUCGGGCCGUACUUCCUAUCGCCGGUGAUCGGGGGGAUCAACCACCGCACGGGCAAGCCGUUCAUCUGCGGCUUCGACUCGAUCGGCUGCAUCGACUUCGCCAAGGACUUUAUCGUGAGCGGCACCGCCAGCGACCAGCUCUACGGUACCUGCGAGAGUCUGUGGGAGCCCAAUCUUGACCCCGAGGACCUCUUCGAGACUUGCUCCCAGGCGCUCCUGAACGCCGUCGAUAGAGAUGCCCUCUCCGGUUGGGGCGCGCAUGUCUACAUCAUCACGAAGGAUAAGGUCGUCAAGCGGCUGCUGAAGGGUACGGAGCUUCCCAUCCUCCUCCCCAUCUCCCCCACCUUCGUGCCGGGAAUGAAGCUGACUUGUGGUCGUGGUGUAUAGGAAGACAAGACUAGAGCAGCGGAACGGGCAAGGG